CAAGACAUGAGGAAAUGUUCCUACUGCUGGAAAGACGAGCUCACGGGGACAAUGCCAAGCUUACCUGGGCAGGUGCGCCAGACCGCUGCCUCUGAUUGGUUCUUUCACCGUCGCUGUAACAGUUGUCCACCAAUCGCCGCAGAGUGACGUCAGACCGUUCUUGAGUCAGCUUAAGUGGGUUCAAACAUUUGGUUAGAUUUGUUUUGAUAUGAGCUCAGGUGGAGCUCGCCCGGGACGCUGCUCGGUCGAUGUAAUUCUUCCCAUGUGACGGUGACUUUCCUGAGGCUCACGGAAGCUUUUGCUCACCAUUUUUGAUCAGGGAAGGGUCCCCGGGAGGGUCAAACCUCCAUCAUGUCAGGUGCAGCUCCACAGAACUGCAACCUGCAGUGCUUGGAGGAGUGGGAUAUUCUGGACCCAGAGGUUCAGCAGCGAUUGGAGGAUGCGCGCACGUCCAUCAGGCAAGAGAUCCAGCGGGAGCUGAAGAUCAAGGAGGCGGCUGAGAGACUCAAGAGAGCCGUCACUAGUCGCAGGAAUGCAGCGGAUGUUGAGGGUCAACUGAAGGUUUCAAGUCGCAAGCUGGAGAAGUUGCACUUGAAACUACAGGAGCUGAACGCGAGGUCCAUGACUGCAGAGAAGGAAAGCGCAACAGGUUCCGUGAUCAAAGUAGACAGCCAAGUCUCAGACGAGUCCUGUCAGUGGGACGAGGCCACUUCACCGCUAGCCAAUCGGAUCAAGACCCUGAAGAAACAGCUGACCAUGGAAACCAAAGUAAAACAGGGGGCUGAGAACAUGAUUCAGAUUUACUCAAACGGCUCAUUCAAGGACAGGAAGAUGCUUUCUGCCGCUCAGCAGAUGUUACAGGACAGCCGCACCAAGAUUGAGCUGCUUCGCAUGCAGAUCGUCAAAGUCAGCCAAGCCAGAGACGGAGACGCAGAGGGCACACCAGGUCACCCUGAGAAGGAGAUCAUUGAUCCUCUUGAGCUGAGAGUGGCUGAACUCAUGCACCACAUGAAAAUUGAAUCGGCCGUAGCCGAGGGAGCUAAAAAUGUGGUGAAGCACACCAUGAAUGGACGAAUGGUCAUGGACCGCCGCAUUCUCGCAGAGGCUCAGGAACGAAUGCAGGAGUCUUCUCAGAAAGUUGAUCUGCUGCGACUGUCUCUGGAGAGGCGUAUAAAUGAGCUGCCUCAGGACCAUCCCACACAGGCUGCCAUUAAAGAAGUACUAUCCUCUGGAUUCCCCCACUCCUGCAGCACUCCAGACAAACAGCCCGGAGCUCCAACCUCUUCCUCCUCAUCCACCUUCUUCAAGCCAGCCAGUCUCACAGGUCGUAUAGAGGUGUGUUUAAUGGGCUGCCAAGACCUGGUGGAGUCGGUGCCAGGUCGAACUCAUGUGACCUCCGCCCUAACCUCCUCCAGGAACUUAUCAGAUGAAAAGUCUUUUAGGCUGAGAGGUUCAGGACGCAUCAACGGCAAGACGAACAAGAGUGACGAGCUGUCCUCGGAGGUCAGUGCUGUGCUGAAGGUGGACAACAGAGUGGUGGGGCGCACGCACUGGAGGCAGCAAGGCAAAGAUGCCUGGGGUCAGAGCUUUAGCACUGAGCUGGAACGGUCUAGGGAGAUUGAAAUCGCUGUGUACUGGAAGGACUGGCGAGGACUGAGUGGAGUGAAGUUCCUGCGUCUGGAGGACUUUCUGGAUAACCGACGGCAUGGCAUGUGCCUGCAGCUGGAGCCUCAAGGCAUCCUCUUCAUCGAGGUGACCUUCAUCAAUCCUGUCAUCGAGCGACGCUCAAAGCUUCAGAGACAAAGGAGGAUUUUCCCCAAAGAAAAAGGGAAGAACUUCAUGCGUGCCGCCCAGAUGAACAUGAAUUUUGCCACAUGGGGCCGUCUGAUGAUGAGUGUUCUUCCUCCUUGCAACUCGUUGGACCCCAUGAGCCCCCCAUUGGCAGCUCCAUCACCCACUGCAGUUCAGUCCCGAGAACCUCCUGUUGUGAAACUGAACUUUGGUGAUGAACCAAAUGACAGAUCUCCUCAUCGCUCAAUGAAAGUCAUUAAAGACUCCUCACUGUCACCUAGUUUGAGUAAAAGGCUGAAGCCAAAGAGAGAUCCCUCUGUCCGUAUUUCUCAAGAGAAGGAUGCUGGACUUCAGAUGGAAGACUUCCAGUGCCUUUCAGUCCUUGGCAGAGGUCACUUUGGAAAGGUUUUGUUAGCGGAGUACAAGAAGUCAGGCAAACUGUAUGCCAUCAAAGCCCUGAAGAAAGGCGAGAUAGUGACACGUGAUGAAAUUGACAGCCUCAUGUGCGAGAAAAGGAUUUUUGAAGCAAUCAACAAGGCACAGCAUCCGUUCCUGGUGAACCUGCACGGCUGCUUCCAGACUGCAGACCACGUGUGCUUUGUGAUGGCCUACUCAUCCGGAGGGGACCUAAUGAAACACAUUCACAACCACAUCUUCAACCGAAAUCAGACUUUGUUUUACUCCUCAUGUGUGCUGCUGGGUCUGGAGUUUCUCCACCAGAACAAAAUAGUCUACAGGGAUCUCAAGCUGGAUAAUCUCUUGAUGGAUGCAGAAGGCUUUGUGAAGAUCGCAGAUUUUGGCUUGUGUAAAGAAGGAAUGGGGCAUGGCGAUCGCACCUCCACCUUCUGUGGUACCCCAGAGUUUCUGGCUCCAGAGGUGCUGAUAGAUAACAGCUAUACACGCUGCGUGGACUGGUGGGAGCUCGGCGUCCUCAUCUAUGAGAUGCUGUUGGGGGAGUGUCCUUUUCCUGGAGAUGAUGAGGAAGAAAUUUUUGACAGCAUUGUGAAUGAGGAAGUGCGCUGUCCCGCUAGCCUCUCUAAGGAGGCCCAAUCCCUCAUCCAGCAGCUUCUGCAGAAAGAUCCCACUCUGAGACUGGGAGCGGGAGAAGAGGAUGCCUCUGAGAUCAAAAGACACCCUUUUUUUCAGGGAAUGAACUGGGAUGCUCUGUUGGCCAAAAAGUUGAAGCCCCCCUUCCAGCCCGUCAUCCGGGCGCCGCAGGACGUCAGCAACUUUGAUGAGGAAUUCACUCAACUGAAGCCAGUGCUCACGCUGCCGCGGACGCCCUGCCCGCUCACCAGUGAGCAGCAAGAACUCUUUGCAGACUUUGACUUCUCCGCCAUGAGCUGACCUCUGGGGCUCUGUCCGCUUCUGCUGGAUCAGAUGAGCUGCAGCCAAACAUUUCUGCAGCUCAGGGAUCUACACCCAAGGUUUUACUGACAUACAUAUUACACCUAACUUCCUGCAAAUGCUCCUGUUUUUACUUUUGUCCUAAAGAACACUAUGUUUACACCUGAGCAACCUGUUUGUGAAACAACCAUAGCGCUUUUCUGUCCGGAAUAUUAAAGUGUAAAUACUUGAAAUCUUAAGUUUUCUACUGAAGACAUGACAUUUUAGUUCAACCUUUGUUGGAAUGUAAUGUAAACACAUUUUUCCUUUACAUGUCCUUGGUUGUUCUAAAUAUUCAGAGUUGUGUAGUAUAAGCCAAUAUUUAAAUCUUAAAUGUCAAUGAAUAAAUGCUCAACUUCAAGAGUGAAACUCAAUUGUUUAUUGUUCGCACAACUUUAUAUAAAUAAAUAAAAAACAUUGCAUAAAAUUCAGGAGUACACAACAUGAACUGAUAGUCUGAACAGAGGCUGUGUUUGUGUUGUUAAAACAGCUGGUAUCUCAAACACACUUAUUGCUUUCUUUUACAGAAACUAUUGCACAGGGGAAAACACCUUUUGGGUAUUGCAGUCUUUGUUCCAAGCUGAUGGUUCUGUUCAUUUCUCUGCCUAGAAAUUGUUAAAAGAAAAUAUUACAAUUGUAUAAAAAUGUUAAAUAUUUCAGUAAACAUCCUGUACAUCACUGUUGGAAAAAAAAAACUCAGGCAAUAAAACGCUUUAAACUUGA